AUGGUCCAUAAGCAUGCAUUUGAAGCUUUAGAUCGAAGUUCAAAAGAUGUAUUGAGGUCUGAAAAUUCUACCGAGUCGAAUAUUCCAUUUGGAGGGAAAGUUAUUGUUUUUGGAGGAGAUUUCAGACAAAUUUUGCAUGUUAUUCCGGGUGGCAGCAGACAAAACAUUGUUAAUGCUUCUUUAAGCUCUUCAUAUUUAUGGCAACAUUGCAAAAUCCACAAGUUAACAAAAAACAUGAGGCUAACGGUUGGAAGGGAUCAGUCUGUUGUAGAAAAAAUAAGAGAUUUUGCAGAAUGGCUAUUGGAUAUAGGAGAAGGCAAACUUGGUGGUCAGAAUGACGGCGAAACGGUUAUUGAUAUUUCGGAUGAUAUUCUCAUUAGUGAUCCAAAUGAUCCUAUAGGUUCAUUAAUUGAGUUUGUAUAUCCUUCGAUUUUGGAUAAUUACAACAAUACAAGUUAUUUUCAAGAAAGAGCAAUACUAGCUCCAAAGAAUGAAGCGGUUCAGGAAAUAAAUGAUCGUUUGCUAUUGAAGUUUCCAGGAGAUGAGGUUGAAUAUUUAAGUUCAGAUAGUGUAUGCCAAUCUGAAUUUGUCCAUGAUCAGUUUGAUGCAGAUUUAUACUCACCGGAUGUUUUAAAUGGUCUCAAAGUUUCGGGUCUACCAAAUCAUAAGUUAGUUUUAAAAAUCGGUGUUCCGGUUAUGUUACUAAGAAAUAUUGAUCAAAAAAAUGGCUUAUGUAAUGGAACAAGACUCCAAGUGAUAUCAUUGGGCAAACGUGUUAUCGAGGCACGUACAUAUCUUAUCUGGAACUAA